AAAAAAGUCAAUAUUAAUGUAAAUAGGUAACCAAAAUUAAAAGAAUGAACACCAAUGCAAGAUAAUAACACAAGGGAAAAUUUUAAAUUAAUAUGUUUUUCAGAAAUGUAAAAUCUGCUGCGGAAUUUACACUUUGCUGUAAGUCGCCGCUAUUUCUUCAGGGUUCACAUAAUUUGGGCAAUGUUCGUUUACAACUACGCAACUCAUUUCACAACUCACGGCGGGGAGCUCGUCGACCAAUAUCAGAACCUAAUCCUCUAGACGUUAUACAAUUAGACUCGAGUCCCUUGUAUGCUAAGAGUCUAUUCAAACCUUUCUUUUUUACUGUUGGGGUCACAACACUGAGUCUUGCUGGUUGUGUAAUUUGGGAAUAUGAAAACCUACGCUCCCAUGCAUCCUCAUUUCUCAGAAGGCCAGGAGCUUGGUUAAAUUCCCAUCAAAAGAGAAUUACUUCUCAGACAAUAUCAGAACCCGGGCCAUUAAAAAAAUGGUGGAACUCACUAAGGGAGAGUGAAAAAGUUUUUUAUCCCAUUCUAGCACUCAAUGUAAUGGUUUUUGGAGCUUGGCGAGUCCGAGCUUUACAGCCACAUAUGAUUAAAUAUUUCUGUUCCAAUCCAUCAGGCAAAGCACAAUGUCUACCAAUGGUAUUCAGUACAUUUAGCCAUUAUUCCACAUUACAUUUGGCUGCAAAUAUGUAUGUGCUGUAUAGUUUCAUGCCAGCGGCCGUCGCAUCAUUGGGCAAGGAACAAUUUGUUGCUAUGUAUAUGAGUGCAGGUGUUGUAAGUAGUUUUGCCAGCUUCCUGUAUAAAGUAAUGCUCAAUCAGCCGGGUCUUAGUCUGGGUGCGUCUGGAGCAAUUAUGGCGGUGUUAUCAUAUGUCUGUAUGCAAUACCCUGAUACUAGACUGAGUAUAAUAUUCCUGCCUAUGUAUACAUUUGCUGCUGGUACCGCUAUAAAAGUUAUAAUGAGUGUCGAUCUCGCUGGAGUUAUACUUGGGUGGAAAUUCUUUGACCAUGCAGCUCAUCUUGGUGGUGCACUAUUUGGAAUGGUUUGGUGUUAUUGGGGUAAUUCCCAUGUUUGGGGCAAUAGAGACAAGUUCCUACAGUAUUACCACAGCAUCAGAAAGGAUUCUAGAUAACAUUACAUUGAAUCGAAGCAAUCUUAGAAAAUGUUGAAAAUUGUUAUAGAGAAAGUUAUAUUUAUUUAAAUUACAUAUAU